AUGAGUAUCCAGUAGAUGAAACUGGUACUGGCUCAAGAAGGAUCGAACUGAUGCUUCCACAAUAGGUAUUACAUAAUGAACGCGACUCCGAUUCUCGAGUCGUCCUGAUUCCUGAACUCCGACGUGACAUUUAGUCCGGUCAUGGAAACAAUGUCGUCCGAGUUGUAUGAGUUCGGGUCCUGUGAGAAGUUGUGCGGCGACAACAGUCCCUUUGAAUCAUCCAGCCCUCCUCCUCGUGAAUCCACUCCGCCCCAUUCCAGCCCUGUCUCUGUUUCAAUCUCUGCACCGGUCCCCGUACUGCUAUCUGAACUUUCUGAGGGUUCGAGUGACCCCACUGACCUUAACGACACUAAAGAAUGCGACAUGCUCGAUGCGCCCUUGACUAACAUAAUCACCACUGACUCUGUUUUGCAUCAUCCCCAAGUACUCACCUGCGCAUUCAGCCCAUCUUCGAUCGACCACACUGACGAGGACCUGGUGGCGAGAAAUUUGGAUCUGGUGGUUUCCGAUGCUUGUCUCGACGAGAAUCUUCCCUCUGCGACUUGUUCUGAUUCUUUGGGAGAUCAGCUCUUCUACACUGACACCACACCACCUCCCCUCAUCUCGGAAACUCAUGAUCAACAAGACGUCGUCAGACCGAUCCACUUCCAGCUACCCAUUCCCGAUUCCAAUGCUUCGACGUCCUCCUUGAUGAUGAUCGACCCCCAAACGAACCACUACGAUCUGAUCUUAUCUCAAAGCGACAUUGCGCAACCACCAACCCAAGAACAGCCCACUUCAAUGCUCGUGGACUCACCUGCAAUGCCUAUCGUCUCAUCCCCUGCUGCAAGUCUUGAAUCCCCCGCCCAGGAUUCCCAACUGGCUUCGGAUCCCCAGCUAACGGCGCUCGUAAUUUCGAAUUCUCAACCUGUUAUUAACUUGGCAUCGCAAUCCGUGCCCUCUCGUCCCGUUGCUGUCGAAUGUGGCACUACUUGCAACGAGCCUCCCCAGUCUCUGGCUUUAGACGACAGCCCAUCUGCUUCUGAGGUUCUGUCUAGCCUGGAGGAUGAGGCCUCGAAGAUCCUUCCAAGCGUUUGCUCUGUAAGAGAGGCUUCUUUGGGUCCCAUGGCCGUCGAUGCAGAAAUGUCCUCUGUUCUUUCACAGAACGAAAUGCUUGUUACGUCUGCGGAUGAAAUUGUUCAAUCUGCGGCAUCAACUUUCCACCAAGAACUAAUGUUCAUCCCUCAACUGAUUGAUGAUACUGACUCGAUUCCUGGCUCUGUCAUUGACGAGUCGCCGGCCUCUUGCGCAUUUGAAGUUGCAGCCGAAGAAAAUGGGAUCACUUGCUUCGCAGACUCGAAUGUCAAUGACUUGUCCGCUGAAUACGACAGUGUCACACCCCAGGGUCUAUGCGAUGAGAUUCAACCUCUGACGUCAAGCCCUAUCGUGUUUUCUUCUACGAACUUGCCUUCGUCCGAAGAUUCCACUUCAUCACCUUCCUCAAGUCCUGGUGGAGACCGCAUCUUCACGUCAUCUCCUCCUGCUACUGUGCCGUCGUCUGACUCUUCUGUUCUCGACGAUGUCGAGGUGCUGAAGCAUGUGACGAUCGGCGCUGAUACACUGCCCCCGAGCUCGAGUCCGAUGAAUCCUUCUUCUGAGCUUGAUGAAGACAUGGACGUAUCAGAUGUUCAAGUAAAACCUGGAGAGUACACGCUCGAAGAAUCUUCAGUGAAUCCUGCGUUCGUGGUAGAUGUCGGUGUUGAAUCUGAAGUCAUAUCGGACGGAUUGCAAGUCGAAUCUGCCCUCGAAAGCGCUAAUGAGAACAUUCCAAUCCAAGACGAACAAUGUACCAAUGAAGACACCGAUGGAAGCAAGAAACGCAAGCGAGAGCAACAACACAAGAAGCUCGCCAAGCCGUUUCGGGCACCGAGGAUGACGGUCCCAGAGCCGAUGCUUCUGAGUAAACCUGACGAGACGCCGAUGCCGGUCUCAGCGCAGCCCGUCGGGUCUGACUUGAACAAACAUCGAACGAAGCGUGCUGCGGCCCAAUUCAAAUCUCCCCUUGCCCUCGGCUCGUCUGUUCCUCCAUCGUCUGCGAGACCGACGCCGACGAUCCAAUCUCUCGAGCAUCGAGCGCAUGUGUUGAAACGCGCGGUGAAGCUGAAAAAGGAAGGCGAGGAAGACGGAUUGGAGGGUCUAGUGAAGAAGUGGACCGAGGCCGGAAGAGACGUCGCGUGGCAAGUUUGGGAUCUGGUCAAGGACAACAGCAGCGGCGGUGAAUCCGCCGAGGCCGAUAACGGCAAGCGCCGGUUUUCGGAAUCAUGGGGGUGGGGCGAUGAUGAUCCAGAAAGCAAGCGGGUCAAGGUCGAGGAUUCGGAGGGUAACUGUGGAUGGGAGGUUCCCCAGAACGGUGAGGAUGAACAUGUCGAGGAUAACAAGCCCAAGGAGACGUUAGGGACGAUGCUCUUGCGUCUUGGAAUCGCGCAUUCGACGCUUGGUUGGGUCGAGGACGACGAGGACUUCAUUAACGUUUGCUAA